AUGUAGAAGAAACAAAUAUAAUUUAUGAUAAGAAAACCAUGGAAGAUAUACAACAAGAUAUAUAUCAAGAAGAUAAUGAAUAUCGACAAGAGAAUCAACUAGAUAUAGUUGAUAAAGAUUCUAAUACAGAUUCUGAUAUAAUGA